UUGGUUGUAUAUAAGUCGGUAAUUCACAUGACAAGCGCACCAAGACGCUCACGCAUAGCAUGCAAUCUGGAAACAUGUCUUUUGUUGAUAAAUAUGUCGUAUUUUUAAUGUCGUUGGUGGUGAGUAAUUAUGGAGAAUAUGUCACUGAACCUGGCUUUGGUUAUUUACUCCUCAAUGCUUCAAAAACGCCUUACUGUCAUGAUCUCCAAGAAAACGAAAUUUGUCCUUCUAAUGUUGUCAAUUAUCAAAUUCUCGAAUUGAAAGACAACGUCCCAGCAAUAUCGACGUAUGAAUUGCAAGCAGUGAAAAUCGCGCUGGAUGCCCUACAUUUCUUUGCAGUCACUCAAGAAUGUCGUGACACUGUUCGUACAUACUACUGUUCUAAUACGUUUCCUAUUUGUUCACCUGAUGCUAAGUAUGGUGUGAACUUGAGAUACGAUUAUAACAAAACUAUGGCGGCAUGUGAAAAAAUUAAACAGAUUUGUCCAAUCAACAUCACUCGGUUCUUUACUUUUGGUUGUUCUUUCGUACAAAAAGAUGUAACAGGCUACGAUUAUUGUACCAAACCACCGCAAAUGGACCCAGAAAUUUGUCCAAGGUCGAAAUACACUUAUCCUGCAGCUUUGAACAAGUUCUACCCCAAGAGAGCUCUCCUUCUGAUAUAUACGGCAGCUUUAAUCCUUGAAAAACACAUUUUGGUUAACAACUCUUGCUUGGAAAACUAUUUCAUGGUACAAUGUCAACUGACACGUGGCACCAUUUGCUCCACUGAUAUGAAGCUACGAAUGUACGCAAUAAGCAAACAAGACUGUGUUGCUACAUAUUCACAGUGCAUUGUGCCUGAAGCUCAAGCCUACUAUUUCGAAAUGUGCAAACUUUUCCCUGAUGCAGACACAGCGGAGAAGGUACCAUUACCAUCGACAACACAACCGUUAAAAAAGCUUUUUUCUAAUUUUUUGAGUCAGUCAUUGUUUAAUUGACAAUCCUUACUGGUGAAACAUUGCAACUUUUGUUUCGAAAAUACACAAAUAUUUUGAUUUAAUCUGAAUCAAUUAUAAACAACUAGAAACAUUUGCAAUGAGAACCAAGCUAAUUUUUCUAAGUUUGCUUUAAGUUAAAACAGGCAUUUGGUAACUUUUCUAAAUAAUUUGAAAUUUCUACUACAUUCUCCAUAUGCACAAGUUAUAUUUCCGUGCAUACUUAGCUUUCCAUCGAUUUCAAAAUGCUUUCCAUCUGUUACGAUCUAUUGAUCUAGCAGAUAUCUAGUUUAGAUUAACAUCACAAUUGUAAUUAAAUAAUUCUUUUAAUUGAUCAUGUAAAAUGGAAUUACACAUUCUAAACAGGC